CGUCGUCCAGCUGCUGGCGCUGCUGGUGCGCUGCAGCAGCAGCAGCAGCUGCUGCUGGUUCUUCGCUCUUCGCUCUUCGCCUGUCUCUGGACGAGAGGAGACUGAGGGAGUGGGUGCAAUUUCUCGAAGUAGGGAAGGGAAGCAAAAGAAAGCGACAAUUCCGAAUGAGAAUGGCAGAGAGCACCAGGUUGCGGAAUUUCAAGAAAGGGGAAGAGGAAUAGAAAUCUUGGCGAGCGGGCGAAUUUUGAUCGAAAGGUUUGAGGUGGGUCGAGCAAGAAAAGAAGAAGAAGACGAAGAAGAAGACGACGACGAAGAAGGAAAAGUGGGGAUGAUUUUGAGUGUGGGGAUUCAGAUGGGGCAGGGGGUUUUUUCCUCGGCGUGGCCGAUGGGGUUGAUGAGACGAAGAUGGGGCGGGGCGGCUUCGGAUAGUAGGCUUUUAUGAAAUGGAAUUGGCCGGGGAUCGCGUGUGAGAAAAAAGCCUGCGGUUUUUCUUGAUUGGGGAUGGAGUAGCAGGCCUGGCCUGCUGGCGUCGCAGAAUCGGAGGAUGACGAUGAUGCGGGGAAUGAAGGGCAAAUGAAGAAUGGGGGAAAGACGGACAGUGGAGUGCAGGGGGAUGGAAUGAUGGUGCCGAUGAGGAUGGCAAGGACUGAGACUCACUCUCGCCAGUGAGCCGCGGCUAUGGAGGAGAGAGAGGGUCGUGUUUACAAGAAGACAAACUGGUCAGUGACUGAAUGCUUAGUUCUACAAGCUGCAAAACGUGAAGAGAAUGACAAACAUGACAAGCAUCGGGGUGCCAAAGAAAAAUGGCUUGCCAUUGAGGACUAUUGUUGGGAACAUGAUGUUCAUCGAAGUGGACAGCAGUGCAAAGACCGUUGGUACAGAAUGGCACUAGAGUUUAAAAAAGUUUAUGAAUAUCAAAGAGCCAUUCCAAGUGGUAAGCCAUCAUUCUGGCAACUUUCCGGAUCGGAAAGAAAGGAAGCUCGGCUUCCCAUCGUCUUUCAUCAAGAAAUUUAUGACGCAAUGGUGGACUGGUACUUAAAUAGCAAACCGGGCAAUGGAAAUCUGGUCAUUGAUACCUCCGUUCCCUCUCCAGCAGAUGAAGGGCACCACGAUGCUAGCAAUGGAAACUGCUCAGGCACCGACGAAGGUGAAAGUGAUGAUCGGAGUGGUCACAGCAUGGGAAAUAAGAACAAGAGAAGGAAGACAAUAGCGAAAGCUGCCCUGAGCUUGGCCAGUAUGGUUGAACGUAGUGGAGAUGUUACGUCGAAAGCUUUACUAGAGUGCGAAGAUCGUAAGGACCAACGGCUUGAGAAGCAAUUAGAAUUCAACGAGCGCUUGGCUGUGAGGCAACUUGAAGCCAACGAGCGGCUAGCACUAAAACAGAUGGAUGCAAAUGAGCGAAUAGCAUCCGGUUAUAUCAAUGCGAUUAUUAAUCUUGCCGAUGCCUUGCGGUCUUUAUCGACUCCCAGAAGUGCGGAACCCCAAUGAGCGACUAGAUUACUAUCUGAUUUUUGUAUGGCAUCAUAUCAAAAUCAUCUUUCCUUAUCAUUUGAGUCAUGAUCCUUCAAAUCUAGCUGGCAUACGAUGAUUCACACUGUUGUCGAGGAGUUAUUUUUGCCAAGUUUCAUCAGUGACCCGUCGAAGAACACAAAGGAUACGAGGCUGAGCACCAAGUCUUCCAGGUUGGUAUUGCCAACAUAAUCAUGUAAACCACAAAUUUGUCACUGUGGGACUCGCAGGGAGUUUCAGCCAGGGCAGGCGCACUUAAUGCGUCUUCUAUCUGCACGGGUCACACCUUCGAUUGUGAAGGCGUUAGUGGACCCCAGACCUUUCACUCCCCAGCGAAAUUUUUGAUCAUGAAAUUUUCUGUAGGCUGUGUGACUUAACUCGUAAUAUCCUUUUUGCUAGAGACGAGGAGAACACCAAUCUUGAUCUUCUCCUCGUCCCUUUUAUAUUCAUCUAGAGAGCCUUUUGAUUGUCGUUUGACACCAUUGAUAAUAUGACCCCUUUUAGUACGCCUUUUUGGAUCUGUAUUGGAUCGCAUUCAGUAGUCGUUGGGUCCUCAUCACUGCUGGGAAAUCCGUGCUUCAGUACGGUUGCGUAGUUUCUUCGUCUCCUAAUUUCAUUCCGAAGAGGAGUCAAAUGGUGAAAUGAAAGAUAAGAGCUACUGUGCACUGCCCUGUAUUUCGUUUCGUGUGUUUAAAGAUGUGAUGAGGUUCAUUCCGAGAGGUUUCAGGUGAUGUUAGAAGUUUAUGGCAUACUUGAGUAUCCGUUCCCAGAGUUCUUGCUGUAUCCCUCAUUCUGAAAGGCUUGGCUUAUGUUUAGAUGACGUCUAUAACGUCCUUAAGACAGGUGAUUUUAAUGGCUUGAUCAAGCCAUGACUUUGAUAAUGAGAGAAAAGAAUUACUGUUUUACACCUUAUGAUGCGAAAGCAGGUUGAUACGACUCUCCGAGCACGUGGUAUCCGCUUCUUGGUGAAGGGAGGAGCCAUUAAUUGUAGAGCGCCGUUUAAUCUCAAAAUUUGGAAUCUUGAAAUGUGCC